GCAGUGCCACACCUCCGAGCUCCGUUACCGCAGCAGCGGCGGCGGCGGCGGCGGCGGUGGUGUGAUCAUGUGACGCCUGCAUUUCCGACACAACAAUACAACACCGUAUUGGUCUGCAUUCACUCUCCCCCCACGCCUGGCUCUCGGUAUGGCGGACGGCGAGAGGUCCCCGUUACUAUCAGAUCUGGGAGAUGGUGCUCUUGGCAGUGGUAACGGCGGGGUGUCUCCCGGCGCAGCGCCCUACGGUGUGCCCAGCAAACCACAGAGCUUCCCUCCGUUCCCCAGCCCUACUCAGCCCUCGGUGCUCCUCGGGGAGGACCCUCCGCCCUACUCCCCUCUCACGUCCCCAGAGAGUGGCAGUGCACCUGUCAUCAGCUGCAGGGUGUGUCAGAGCCUGAUCUCUGUGGAGGGAAAGAUCCACCAGCAUGUGGUGAAGUGCGGGGUUUGCAAUGAAGCUACGCCCAUUAAGAAUGCCCCAGCAGGGAAGAAGUACGUCCGCUGCCCCUGCAACUGUCUGCUCAUCUGCAAAGUUACUUCCCAGAGGAUCGCCUGUCCUCGGCCAUAUUGUAAGAGGAUAAUUAAUCUGGGUCCAGUUCAUCCUGGUCCGGCUAGUCCUGACCCCCAGCCAUCCGGGGCCCGAGUCUCCUGUGGACACUGCAACAACACCUUCCUGUGGACAGAGUUCACUGACCGUACGCUGGCCAGGUGCCCUCACUGCAGGAAAGUCUCCUCCAUUGGUCAGAGGUAUCCCCGGAGGCGGAGCUUGUGGUGUUUUCUACUCUGCUUGCUAUUCAGCAUCUCCACUGCCGGGCUGAUGGCUGGAACGUGGGCAAAGGCUCAGACCUACCAGGGGAUUUACGCCUCAUGGGCCGCAUUGCUGCUCCUGGUUCUCGUCACCUUGGUCCGGGCCUUCUACUGGGCCUGCAUGAGGGUCAGCCAGCCCCUCCAGAACUUCACAUAGAGCCCCCUCCAACCCUGCCACACCCUCUUCUCAACCCGCCAGGCCGGAGGAGAAGAUGGCUUUGAAGAAAAACACACACACUAUAAAACCGAGUAUUUAUUUAAACCCAACCCAACUCAAGAAAGAAAAAGUUCUCCUCGUCCUGUCCCCUCCCUUUUAGUCAAAUGUGUUUCUAAAACUGGAUGGCGGUGGUUGCGACUGCUAUAUAUCUUACGGUAACUAUGAUGAUGCGUAUAGCCUAAUGUACUGUUUAUCUGUUCUAAUCUCGUGGCAAGGGUUGGGUUCGUUUUAACACUUUAACAAUUCUAACAAUUUUUUCUUCUUCUCUUUCCCGCCUGCGCUGUUUAUAAAUUCUGACUUCAGUCUGGGGCACAUCGGUUGCCCUCUCGCAACUUCUAAGAUUGGGGCUUAAAGCUAAGUCUAACAUGUGAAUUUUGCCCUUGUUUUUGUUCAGGGGCAGACGCUCCCUCUUCAAUUCUAAUUUGACACUAGGUUUAGUAUUAUUUAAAACAUUAAGCAUUUUUUGAAAUUGCAAAAAACAAAUGAUUUUGCGAAAGCAGUGAUGAAGUCAGAUGAACCUAACAAAUCGAUGCCAGUAGAAGACGAGUGGCUGGAGGGACAUCAGUUUCCUUUUUGUGAAGCAAAAGAUUAAGUAGGUGUUGAAAUGUGUCUGAAAAAUUGCAUUCAGCAGUUUGUUAGUGUUUCUGCUGAAUUAUGCCCUGGGACUGACUUUGAUCCAAAGCAGCUUGAAAGCCUUAAAAGGUUGUGCGGUAGAAGGAUUCAACACACACACACACACACACACACACACACACACACACACACACACACACACACACACACACACACACACACACACACACACACACACACACACACACACACACACACACACGCCACGUAAAUGCAUACCGACCCACAACAAAAGGAGGAUGCUCUUUUAGUGUUGCGGCUCACAAACCAGGUUCCCAGAGUCUCUUUUCAAAGACAGACCAGCGAACCAAUUUUCUGGAUAUUUUGUUCUGGUCCUUUAAAGAGUGUAACAACACAUGUAUCUACAGCUUUCCUUUCUGCCAGCUAUAGCCAACAACUUUUAUCAUUUUAUUAUUUUUAUUUUCCCGUCAUACCUAAAUGCUCACUUCAAUCGCAUAUCUCCAAUUGACAUUUUAAAAGCCAAAUGUGGCAUUAUCCUCCAUCCCGUUUUCAAGAGACAGGUUUACUUUUCUCAACAUAUCUCAAUGACCUUGGUUCUGCUUGGCUUUCCAAAACACACCAAAAUAUGAAAUAUGAAGAGCUACUUGCUGUUACUAAGUCGAUAUUUGCCUCCUUUUACCCACAAAACCCUGGAAGUAUGAGAUGUUUUUUGGAAUAGCUUUCCGUUGUUGGUUGUAUGCUGUAAUGCUUGCAAACCACACUACAUAUUUGUGUUUGGAGAGGACUAUCAGUGGAAUUUCAAGGUCCUCUGUAUGUUUUGCUCUCUCAAGUUGAAUCUGUGAAAACAGACAAAACGGUGAGCCCUUAAAAAUGCUCUACUUCAGGCUUUAAGAACUCCUGAUAGCAACUUUAGGAUGUACAUCUAAAUGCAUCAGAGCUCAAAUAAAGUGCAAUCUGUAUGAAAGCACCAUGUUGCUAAACUCAGUCAGAGCAUUGCAAAUGAGACUGUUCAUGGUGAAAAUAUGUCCAGCUUUUGUCAUUGAAGAUUGAGGCUGUGUCUUAGCUUUCUUUUGGUCGGUUCCAGAUGGAGUGUACACCUUAAGGCCAGUGGAAUAUCUGUAAAAGAGGAAAGCUCUACCUACCACGCAAAGCCUAAUGCCAGUCAGAGUAGGUUGGUAACCUUAAACACACACUACAUUUUAACUCUGUUUAAUCAUGACUUCUCUGUCUGUGGUUCUGAAUGUGGUAACAUUUCUUCUGUUAUGAAGUAUGUGUUUUUUUUGUUUUAAUUGUAAAUAUAUUUGUUUAUGUACAAAGGAAGUGACAAAGCAAAUUACGUUGCUUCCAGCUUAACACUAAAUGCUGUGAUCGCUGUGGACUUUUUUUAUUUGUUGUUUUUAAGAAGGUUAUUUUUUUAAUGUAACUAUUCACCUGUUACAUAUUUAAUGAUUUGAUGAACUACUAACCCAAUAAGCCUCUGGACAUAAUGUCCAAAUCUUUAACCACAAACAUAACAUACUCGCACCAACAAAACAUGACCCAAUGGCAUCUCUCUCUCUCUCACACACACACACACACACAAACAAAAUAGUAAGAAACACUGCAUACACCAAGUAAGAUGAGAAGAAGCUACCAUGAGACUGAACUAAGGUCGCAAACCGUUAAUAUGUACCGUUCUACACGCCGCAAAAGGCCACAAAUAAGUUAUUUAUCCAGUCCUAAAAUCUUAUUUAUUGUGGAAAAGUCUGUUAUGGAGUGAGAUGAUUCCACUUUCUUUUAAGACUGGACCAAGGAUGUGUUUUUCCUUUUUGAAAUCAAUACAAUGAUCUGCCAGUUUCAUGUUAUGGUCAGAGCAUUACUUUUCAAGACUGUGAUUUGGAAAAAAAAAAAAAUAAGAUUGAAGGACAGAAUUAACAUGACUUGUUUAAGGAAUACCAUUUUUUUUUUUUGCAGUGCAGUGAUCAUGUUUUAUCUAUCACUGCAAAAGAAAUCAAUCAUGUUAAAGCCAAUAAUCAAGAACCUGGCUGAUGCUCUUUUCAGAGUUUGUUUACACACAAAUAAAGACAUAAUGUACAAAACAA